UGAGAGCAUGUGACUUGCCAAGAUCAUCCACUGGGUUUCAUGACUGAGCUGGAAUUGAGCUCUGGUCUCCAGAAUCAUGGUCCAACACUGAAACUACUAUGCCAUGUUGGAUUCUGUCAUACAUACAUACGUAUGUAUAUAUGACCGUUCUGUGCAUAUAUUGAGAGAGAGAGAAGGAGACAGAAAAUGAGUAUGUUUGUAUGAGAGUGUAUGAGUGAAUGAGUGUUUCCUGUGAUUGAUCUCACAAUCUUUUACUGUACUUAUUCCCAAAGUUAUUAAAAUGAUUUUUAAAAAAGGAUUAGCAUGUAUAUUACAGUAUUAUCAUUGGUUGUGCACAUCAAGUCAUCUUAAGUCAGGAAAUAAUAAGACUGCUGUAUCUAGCAAUACAGCACCUAGUAAUAGCUCCAUGUUACAUAAUUUCUCAGUUGUGUAUUAUUUAUGUUUUUGAUAAUUUUGAUAAUACAUCCUAACUUUAAGGCUUUUUAAAAAACGAGCAGUUGGGGUAGAAUACUGCCUGUGUAUUUUAGUUUACUUCAAUGAAAAUAGGUCAAGGUUUUUUGUCUUUAAAUGUACACUGAGAAUAUAGGGGAAAGGGCUCCAAGUAUUCACAGGAAAUACAGACCCCAGGGAGCAUGAAAGCCAAACAUCAAGGCAUCCCAAGCAUCAAAGCACAUGGGAUUAAAUACCACUGGAGGGCUUGCAGAACUUGUAUUUUUUCUUUCUUCCACAGGUUUAAGAAUACAGUCGGUCCUUCUUAUACACGGAUUUUUUAUACACGGAUUUAAGCAUACACGUCUUAACCAAGAUCUAUGCCUGGUGGAGCACCGGCUUCCACAAAGAGGCCUGAUGACUCUAGCCAAACCAGAUUUGGCCGGGCUUCUUCCAAGAGCCUGUGAGAUGGACAUCGCCAGCAUGGAAUGCAGCAGUGAAAAAGAAGAGACCAUGCUAAAGUCCUUGGCUGGGGGAGACCCUUUUGGCCAAGUGGAGCCCCCCAAGAAGGCAACAGGGAAGUUGGUGAUGCACAGUGUGGUCAUGUUUGGCCGAGAGUUCUGCUAUGCUGUGGAAGCUGCUUUUGUCACCCCUGUACUCCUCAGCGUGGGCCUCCCCAAAAGUUUGUAUAGCCUCGUGUGGCUCAUCAGCCCCAUCCUUGGCUUUGUUUUGCAGCCCGUGGUCGGCUCUGCCAGUGACCACUGCUCUUCAGGUUGGGGCAAGCGGAGACCUUUCAUCUUGGUCCUUGGCUUGAUGAUGCUGGUGGGGAUGGCUUUGUACCUCAAUGGAGACACUGUUGUCUUGGCUUUGGUCUCUGACAGAGCCACCCAGAGGACCUGGGCCAUUGUCAUCACCAUGUUGGGAGUGGUGCUCUUUGAUUUUGCUGCUGACUUCAUUGAUGGUCCCAUCAAGGCUUAUCUCUUUGAUGUCUGCUCUCACCAGGAUAAGGAAAAGGGGCUCCAUUAUCAUGCCCUGCUGACAGGUCUGGGCGGGGCCCUUGGCUACCUUACUGGUGCCAUUGAUUGGGGCCACACUGUCUUGGGCACAUAUUUGGGUUCAGAAUUCCAGGUGAUGUUCUUCUAUGCAGCUCUUGUGUUCCUGAUUUGCCUUACUGUACAUCUGUGUAGUAUUCCCGAAGUAUCUCUCACCACCAUCAAAGUAAAAUCCAAAGCCCUUCUGAAAGCGUCUAAGCCCCAGCAAUAUGGAUCCCUGGGGAAAGUGAAGAAUGGUUAUUUCAACAGUGGAUAUAGUGAAAUACAAAUUGUAUCACAGCAAGGGAAGCCUAUCAUAAACAAAGACAUUCAGGUUCAGAGGCAGAUGACCAUUAAGUCCCUACUAAAAGCACUUCUAAGCAUGCCAUCCCACUACCGCUGUUUGUGUGUGAGCCAUUUGAUGGGAUGGACAGCUUUCCUCUCCACCAUGCUCUUCUUCACUGAUUUUAUGGGACAGAUUGUGUUCAAUGGUGAUCCUUAUGCACCUCAUAAUUCCACAGCCUAUCUGACCUAUGAAAGAGGAGUAGAAAUCGGCUGCUGGGGGAUGUGUAUCAAUGCAAUUUGUUCCUCACUCUAUUCAUAUUUGCAGAAAGCCCUCCUACCUUAUAUAGGAUUAAAGGGACUUUAUUUCAUUGGAUACCUGCUUUUUGGACUAGGCACUGGAUUCAUUGGACUCUUUCCCAAAGUGCAUUCUACUCUGGCUCUGUGUUCCCUCUUUGGAGUAAUGUCCAGCACAUUAUACACGGUACCAUUCAACCUUAUUGCUGACUAUCACAAGGAAGAGGAAGAGAGUCAGAAUGGAGGAAAAUCUGAAGAUUACAUCAGAGGAAAGGGAGUUGACUGUGCUGCCCUCACCUGCAUGGUGCAGUUGGCCCAGAUCAUUGUCGGGGUGGGCCUGGGUUUUCUGGUCAGUGCUGCUGGCAGCGUGGUGGUGGUGGUGAUCUCUGCCUCCGCCAUUGCAUUAUUCGGCUGCUGUUUUGUAGCAUUUUUUGUUCGCUAUGUGGAUGAGAACAAUAAAUAGUUGAAGUU